AUGAUGGGCAACGAUCGAAAUCUGAUUCCUGAAUUCGAAAAUUUAUACGAAACUAAAGACUGGGAACACAUUUUAGCAAAAUCAUCAGAAUCUCCACAAGAUCCAGAAAUCCAAUACUACAGAGUAAUUUUCACUCAGGCUCUCGCAAUGCAGCAACUCCAUCAAUUUUAUGAAGCAAUCAAGGUUUUUGAAUCGAUAUAUACCCACGUAGGCGUUCUUAAAGAAAUUGACUAUAACUUAGGGUUAUGCCACUAUCAUCUCAAUAAUAUUGAUCAGGCAAUUGAAUACUUAAGGCGAUAUAUGUACUCCAGCCCAAGCCAUCCGAGCAUCUAUUUUCAUCUUGUGAAAGUGAUGCUGAUAAAAAGUAAUAUCUAUGUAGACCUUCAUGCCGAUAUUGAUGAUGUUUGCGAGAGAGCCGUUGUGUCAAGGUCUAAAAAAAUACCGUAUAGGAUAUGGGCCUAUUCUUUAUAUAAACUGAAAAAAUAUAAAGAAGCACAUGAAAAAUGCUUAUUAAUUUUAGAUAAAAAUAAAGAAGAGCACUCAGUAUGAUUCUUAUUGGGCAAGGUUCUCAGAAAAUGCAAAUAUAUAAAAGAGAGUAGAGCUGCACUUGAAAAAUGCUGUUCAUUAGAUCCAGAAAACCUAAAAUAUAAAAAGAAAUAUGAAUCUCUUAUUACUAAAAUCUCGACAAAGCCCGAAUACUCUUCCCAAAAGCCAAAAAUUCAAUUAGACACCCCUAUUCUCCCUAACUCCCCUCUCCGUGAGCGAACAAAACCAUUGGAAAAUCCCAAAAAACCCCAUCUGUGAGCAAACAAAUAUUUUUUAUGAAAAAAAUUUUUGAUAUAUAAGUGAUAAUUAUUAUAACGAAUAUCUUGCUAAUUCUGUUUAAUUUUAACAAAUUGCAUUUUAAAACAUAAAUUUUACAAAAUAAAUAUUGCUUUCCAAUUUUUGCGGAUUGGGAUAUUUGUAGAUUUCGAAAAAAAUAAAAAACCCUCUGUUUGCUAUAAAAAUUUUUUUGUUCGCUCAAAGAGGGCGGUAGUAAACAAUCAGCAAUAAAAUUUGCCGAAAACCGAGGAUGUGAAGAUUUAUUUUGCCUCUUAUUUUAA